GAUUGUCACAGAUGGUGCUCUUAGUGCAGUUCAUGUGCUAAAUUACAGCAAAUGAUAAUGUGAUGUUUAGUGCCCUUUGUUUUGUGGAACAAUGAUGCGAAAUCAAACGUUCAUUGAGGCAGUGCUGGUACUGAAGAGGAGCACAGCACACCUAGCUCGAUUUAAAGCGGGAUUUGGAUUAAAUAGCUUCUGAAAGCCAAUGAGCCUAACCUGCGAGAGGGAGGCAAACGGGGAGGGAGCGGAGCAGUGAUUUUUAUUUCCAACUGGAUCGAAAAGGGGAGGAGGAGGCAUGGAGAAGGAGUUAUUUUGGUAGCAGCGUAGAGCUUGUUUGACAUCUGAAGGCUUCCGGCGCAGUAAAUCUGUUUGUGCGGCACGAAGAAGAAGAAGAAGAAGAGAGCCUCGGUCAAUUCCCGGCUGCAACCCUCUUCGGCUGGACAUGAAAGUGCAGCAGGGCUGCAAUUCAUCAGAAAUGGGCAUCCCCGUUAGAACCGAAGAAGAGCUGCGCAAAAACACCGUUAUAACACCGGAGGAUGUGCUGGGGCUGCAGAAGAUCACAGAGAAUUAUCUUUGCUCUCCUGAGGAAAAUGUCCACAUGAUUGACUUCACUCGGUUUAAAAUCCGUGACAUGGAAACAGGAACGGUCCUUUUUGAGAUCACCAAACCUCCAACACCAGCUGGUUUAAAGCAAUGUGACCCCAACGCCGGCCGAUUUGUCAGAUACCAGUUCACCCCAGCUUUUCUUCAAUUGCGGCAGGUUGGAGCCACAGUGGAGUUCACAGUGGGAGAUACCCCCAUCAACAACUUCCGCAUGAUCGAGAAACACUAUUUCCGCGACAAGCUGCUAAAGAGCUUCGACUUUGAGUUUGGCUUCUGCAUGCCCAGCAGCAAGAACACCUGUGAGCACAUUUACGAGUUCCCCACGCUCUCCGAGGAAAUCAUGCGUGAGAUGAUCCAACAUCCUUAUGAGACACAAUCCGACAGCUUCUACUUUGUGGACAACAAGUUGGUGAUGCACAACAAAGCAGAUUAUUCCUACUGCGGGGGACCGUAGAGAGGCAUCCUACAAUUCCUGUGAUUCAAAACAUUUUCAGGACCAGAGACAACAUGAACUGACGGACAAAUCACGUGCUUUAGAUGCUCAUUUAUCAUCCAUCUUAGCGCAACACAUUCCCACACAGGCACUCAACUGCCUGGACAAUCAAAUACCUCCUCCGGAAGAAGCGGAAAAGUCUGCCAAUUUGCAUCAGUGUGUGGGCAGCAUACAUAUCAGUGUCCACAUGCUGCUGAUUUCAGUCUGCAUACGAUGGCUCAUAUUGGUCAUAAAGGAGUUUGUGUUGCAUUUAUUGUGUUAGUUUGCCACCUAAAAACAAAAAGAAAUCAGCUAUGCAAGCCUGAGAAAUAACAUGGUUCCCUUUUUGAAUAUCUUUUAUGGCAUUUUACAAUUAUGAAAGAUUCAUGAGCAAUAGUACCUUAAAGGGAGAUGAUGAGGGGGAAAAAAUGUUUAAAAAAAAAACUAAAGCAUUUGAGUGAUUGCUGAGAAACCCUAUUUCAGGUUUUUAA